UAGCAAGAGGACGUGUGAAGUCACUGGAAAACCCGGAUGUAUUUGGAAUACCGUUUCCUUUCUUUGUGCUAGGCUAGCUUCGACGACUUAGCUAGGCGGAGGCACGAAGCCUAGCAGGUCCAAAAACUAGCCGAAAUGAAGAAAAAGACUCGUCCUUCGGGAGGAGCUGUCGGUCGGAGAACAAUUUUACAACUUUCUCCUUCUGGUGUCCGUGGCGGGAAUGCCGGGGAGAGGGAGGAAGGACUCUCGGGAUCCGAAGAAGAGCAAGAAGGUGAAGGACAGCGAUUUACGAGACCGAGAACUAACAAUAUGAAGGCUCCUGCUGUUAAAGCAACCGAGGGGUUAUCCUUACUGGGAGCUUAUGAAGAUAGUGAUGAAGAGGAUGCAACUGAGGCCCGACCAACUACUACUACUCAGCAAAAGCAUUCGGCUGAUAUUGACAGUACAUUGGCUAACUUCAUGGCUGAAAUUGACGCUAUCACCACUCAGCCGAGUUCAGACGACGCAGCAGGUCAGCCUGCUAACUCGCCCAAACCAGAUGCGAACCAGUCUGGCGCAAGUGUGGGACAAAGCGCACAGUUGGAGUUCAAUACGCAGUAUUCAUUAGCUGGAGUUGCAGUGGAAAUGGGGGACUGGCAAGAAGUGUGGGACGAUAACUCCGGCUGCCAUUAUUACUGGAACACUCAGACCAACGAAGUCUCCUGGGAGCUGCCCAAUUAUCUCGCCGAUCAAGUGCAAAGACUGGCACAACAAGUCAGCAGUUUCAGCGUUAACGGAAACGGGACGUCUAGCGAAAGCGCCCCUGCUGCCGCGCCGACAUCAACUCAAGAAACUAAAGCCAAGGAGUUGAUGGAGAGCGUAGUGGGCCUGACCAGCAAAGAAGAAGAACGCUGCGGUGUGGCCGCAUCCCUUUUAGGUCCAAUCAUCCCAGCCGAAGUCAAAGACGCAGAAGAAAAAUGGCGGAAGAGACUCCUGAAAGGUUUGGACGAAAACGAGACCGGUUUGGACUCUGACGGCGAAGCGGGCCGAGCCGCGGAAUCCCCCGCCGCGCCUCCGCCGGACUCGGACGCUGCGAUCCAAGUGGCGGAGAAAGAUUCCGAUGACAAGAAACCAUCAGAGGAAAACUCUGACGCUGAAGGUGGGCCUGAAGAAGACACGGUAGAGCUGGAACUGGUUCUGGAGAGGAAGAAGGCGGAACUCCAAGCCCUAGAGGAAGGCGAAGGAAGCGCAGGAGGCUCCAGUCCUUGUUCCGAAACCAGCCAAGAUGCCGUCAAGAAAAAACGCUGGAAAAGCGUCUUUCCCGGCGCGCCCAGUCCGGAUUCCAACAGUCGGGGCUCAGAACCUCAGGAGAACACGCAGACAGCUAAUAUGAAAAUUCCAGAAAGUGUCGAAGCAGAAGAUGACGGUGAGAACGAUAAAUCGGAGCAAAAAGCAGAUGCUCCAACCAAAGAAGAAUUGGAGACAGCUGAGCUCAGGUUUCAGAUCGGCGAGCUAGCAAACACCUUAACAAGCAAGAUGGAGUUCCUGGGCAUUCACAAGAAGGCCGUCUCCAACUUUCAGUUGCUUCUGCUGCAAACUGAGACACGGAUCGCAGACUGGCGGGAGGGCGCGCUGAACGGGGUCUAUCUUCGCCGCCGGCUCCAGGAAGCCGCCGAACACAUAAAACAUUAUGAACUUAACGCCGCCCCUAAAGGCUGGUCCUGCCACUGGGACAGAGAGCACAGGCGGUAUUUUUAUGUCAACGAGCUGACCAAUGCGUCGCAGUGGGAGUUCCCGACCGAAGAGGCCAAGGGGAACCCAACGACUCCGGGAGACGGACAAACUACGUCGGCGUCCAACGGCGGGGCUUCGGGAGCGUCUGUUCGCGCCCCCACCGCCCCGCCCGCGCCCCCUCGCUCCGGCAAACCCUGGUCCCCGCCGCGGCCCCCGCUUCCCGACAGCCCGCCUCCGCCCCCCGAGCUCCCGCCCCUUCCGCCUCUCCCGCCCGAAUCCCCCCCUGCGCCUCCCCCGCCCCCGGACAGCGACGGCGAGAUCAUGGAGGUGGAGAUGGAGAUGGACGACGACAAUGAUUUGGAGCCGCCGGCCCCUGGGACCGAAGGCGACGGCAGCGGGUGGCCCCUUUCUAACAUUGUUAAGGUCUCGGAUUCCUGUCCGCUGGGCAAAGGUCAAAAACGCAAAGCGGGUCAACUGAAUAAAGCAGUUAUCGGAAGUAGUCCCAUCCUCUACACGCAGCACGUCGCCACUGCAGCACCUAUCGUCACGGCGCCUGUCUACUGGGGCGUCCCGGCAGCGCCCCUGGUACCCUGCGAACCACCUCUUCCACCUGUUCCGGCGGUGGCGCCACAACCGCCGCCCCCGCCUCAGCCACCCGUCGAACAGCCCAAAGCCACUCCUGUGGAAAAGACAAAGAAAAGCAAGAAGGAUAAGAAGGCGAAGACAAAAAUGCCCUCCUUGGUGAAGAAGUGGCAAAGCAUCCAGAAGGAGCUGGAGGAGGAGGAGAAAAGCAGCUCCAGCGACGAAGACCGAGAACAGCUCAGCAAAAAGAGCAUCGAAGAGUGGAAGCAGCAGCAGCUCCUCACAGGAAAGGCUUCCAAGAAUGCCAACUUCGAGGCACUUCCUGAAAAUUGGAGGGAUCGACUGAAGAAAAGGAAGUUGAACAGCACAUAACAUCGGACUUGAACGCUUUACAAACAAACAAAAAUAUCCGUGUGUAUGUUUUAUAUGCAUACGGUGAAUGUGAGUAUAUAAAGUAUUAUGCUGUAUGUCAGUAUGGGCCGGUCAUCUUGGUGGUGGGCCUCCUCGUAGCUGAAUUCCGAUUAAUUUCACAGGGAUUAGAUAUUGCAGCAGUUGUUAUGGAGUUGGCAAAACCGCAACAAACUGAAAAAAAUUAAAAAUAACAAAAAAAUAUCAACCCCUCACCCCCCGAAAAUUGGCAAAACCGCAAAAACACAAAUUGGAAAUGAAAAAUAGCCCCCCAAAAUCAGUUUAAAAAAAAAAAGAAGACUUGAGAAAACCCACUAAAAUCACAAAGAAAACCACCAAGAACACUUAAAAAUAAACCCUCACAUAACUGAAAACCACUGAGAAUGCAAAAAAACUGCACCAAAAGUCCAGAAUCGUGCAAAGACGGCAAGAGAAACCUCGCAAAAAAAAUCCCACAAAACUGCGGACCCCACCAAAACCAGGAAAUAAUAACAAAAAAAUACCUCAAAAACCACGAAAAGUCUAAAAAAUAAAAUAAAAUGCAAAAAACUGCACUAAAAAGCAAAAAAAAAUAACUGCGAAAAAAAACAAUCUGCAAAAACCAGCAACAAGGAGAAAAACUUGGCAAAAAGCAACAAAAAGAGGAAAAACUCAAUAAAACCAGAAAAAUUACCCCCACGAAAAAACCUUUAAAAACCACGAAAAGCUCAUAAAAAUACAUGAAUAACACAAAAAAAAUGUUCAAAAAAGAAAAAAAAACCUGCGAAAACAACACAAAUCUUCAAAAACACAACAAAAUGCAUAAAACAGAACUGGGGAAAAACUGCAAAAAUAAAAACUGGUAAAACUGCAAGAAUCCACAAUCCCAAAAAUAAAACCCACCAAAACCAGAAAAACGACACCCACGGGAAAAAAAAAAAAAAAAAACUACGAAAAACUAAAAAAAAAAAAACAACAAAAAACUGCACUAAACCUGUGAAAACAACCACAAAUCUGCAAAAUACCGGAAAGUGCAGAACCAAAUGGCAGAACUGCGAGAACCAACAAAAUGAAAAAGAAACUCACAAAAACCUGAAAACAAAAACAGGAAAAAAAAUAUCAAAAACCUACCUCAAAAACCACGAAAAAGCUAAAAAAAAAAAAAAAAAAUUGAAAACAACCACAAAUCUGCAAAACACGGCAAAGUGCAGAACAAAUUGGCAGAACUGCGAGAGCCAACAAAAUGAAAAAGAAACUUACAAAAACCUGAAAACAAAACCAGAAAAAAAUAUCAAAAACUUAACUCAAAAACCAAAAAAAAAAAAAAAAAAAAAAAAAAAAAUGGAAGACUAAAAAAAAAAAUACUGGACUGAAAAGCAAAAAAAACAACAACCUGAAAACAAUUUAAAAAAUACCUGCAAAAACUUGCUUUGUAAAUUAUUAGCAAAACUACAAAAAAAAAAACCACAAACAUGCACCAACAAUUGGCAGAAAUACACAAAAACCGAAAAGCAAACCCACCAAAAUCAUAAAAAAAACAAAAAAACAUUCUAAAUGCAAAAAAAAAUCCUAUACUAAAAAGCAAAAUAAAACUCCCGCAAAAACCACCCAAAAAAAACUUUUUAAAAAGCACUCCAAACCGCGGGGAAAUAUGGCAACAACAACAAAAAACCCGGCAAAUCCCCUCCCACUCCCCUUCAGAUUGGCAAAACCACUCAAAACUCACCAAAAUCAGAAAAAAACACCAAAAAUUUGAUAACUUUGUUGACAUUUUACGACUGACAUCUGAAGGGGGCGUCAACAUCUUGGAGGUGAAACUUUUUACAGCAAAAACGGCUGACAUUUUUAUAUAAUUUGCAUCUGAGGGUGGAGCUAAAAUGGAUGGGAGGUCAUGUUAACAAGUCAUGAAAACAAAAGACUUGAAACAAAUGAAUACAAUUACAUUUCUUGUACGUUUAAAUGCUAUUCAGUGUUCUUUUUAAUCAACAUAAAGCCGCUAAACAUGGUUUUGCCAGCUGUCUAUGUACAGUACCAUACAGUAUAAUACUUUAUAUAUACCACUGUUCAUGUUACGAAAUAUGCACAUGCGUGCACUGUAUAUACAUAUUUUUUUGUUUCAACCAAUUUUGUUUCGUAUUUUGUGGCUUAUUUUCUGCUUCAAAAUGAACACGUCAUACUUUGAAUGUUUCUCGGCGCUCAUCAACGUGCCAAAUGGAGUUUUAAACGAGCGUUUUUACGUCGGUGUACAGAACAUAUUGGGACUAGCCGCGUUUUGGGAAUCUCCGAAUGUGUACUUUUUUGUAAAUUUAUUAAACGUUUUUUACAAUAUGUGUGUUUUUGUGUUGAGAUGAUGAUUUUCAGAUGUAAUCUGCAACCACAGAUUUGUUCAUUUGCUGCUAGAUGUCAAUUGGAUUGGACGUCAAUGGCAGGCAAUGAGUUCAUAUCGAUUACCGUAUUUUCCACAUUAUAAGGUGCAUUGGAGUGUAAAGCACACCUUCAAUGAAUUGGGCUAUUUUCAAAUUGUUUUUAUACAUAGGGCGUACUGUAUUAUAAGGUGCAGUCGUAGUGGCUAGGGUUGAGUUAUACAUCCACUAGAUGGUGCUACACAAAAAGGAAUGUCAUGCCAUGAUUAACCAAUAUCGAUCCAUAUAUAAGACUCACUGGAUUAUAAGACGCACUGUCUGCGUUUCAGAAAAUUGAAGGCUUUUCGGUGCGCCUCAUAGUGCGGGAUAUACGGUAUUUCUUGACAGUACAUUUUAAAAUGUUAACUUUUGUAUUAAAUUUUACAGAAAAAAUGGUAAUUACUGCUCAGCUUUAUUUUAAAUCAUUAAAGAGUAGACAAAUAAGUACACAAUAGUUAGUAAAAAAAGGUAAAGUAACACUAGGUAACUUCUCAAGAUGUAAGUGGAUGCUAACGCGAAUUCUGCAAAGAUGGACGUUGGGCCCCGUCAGUGCUGACGCGUGAAGUUGGGGGGUUAGCCACGCUAAGCCAUACGGUCAUAUGGUAUUGUUUCACCACAAGUGGAUUCAUUACCUUAUUACUAUUCAUACUUCACACAGCUGCUUGAAACAAAUGUUUAAUCCAUCUGCAGGCGACUUGGAUAUCAUGAUUUUCCAACACUGCGGGUGUACGCUGUCGCUAAAAUCGACCAAAAUUGAAAAGUUACCUAGUAUUGCUUUAACACACAUAUACUUAAAAUGUAAAUUGAAUAUUUACAGCUAAAAU